AUGAAGGGCGGACCGGAUUAUCAGGGGAAGCGUCCCGACUGUCUGUUCAAGUACGCCAAACCUAUUACGGCGGACAUCCAUCCCUUGGUGGAGCCCCACUGCAGCGGGCCGGUGAAGCAACGGGCCAUCGAAGCGCGCCUCGAAGUGGAGGUCCAGGCGUUUGAGCGCCACCAUCGCCGCGAAGCCGAGGCCUACCAUACUAUCUUCCGGUACCUGUCCCCCCACAUCAGUAUUCACCUUCGCGAAACCACUGGCGAGCGCUGUGGCAGUGCGCGCGAAUUUGUUGAUCGUGUACGGUUGCUCGUACAUCGAUUGAAUGCUAUCGUGCCCGGAUCCAUUGGCGAUCGAACGCACAUUGCGAUCUUACUGACGCAGAUCGGACCGGAAUACAUUCUAGUUGUGGAUGCCAUUCAGAAUGACAAGGAUCCGGUGAAUCCGACCACGAUCGGAAACCGUCUGUCUAAUGCUGAGCAGACGGUUCGGAGAAAAGAAUCUCCAACACCUUUGCAGGCAGCAUCUGGCCCGUCCGUCAAUACGGUGCAGCAGACUGCCAAGAAAUGCAAUUAUUGUAAGAAGCGCGGCCAUGUGGUCGCGCAGUGCUCGAAGAAACAGCGAGAAGCUCAGCCGUCCAGGGACCAUGCCCUGAAGGCCGAGAGGAGUGUUUCCGGCUCACCAAGAAAUAAUUUGCAAAUGAUACCAUCAAGCCAGAUGGCAGAUCGGCAGGGCCCACCGACUUCCAAGAGACCGAGGAUCAAUAUCGUCAGGGCGAGGGUGACGACCCUUUAUACCCACGCACCGCAACCCCGGUGGAUCCUGGACUCUGCCGCUACCAGCCACAUCCGCUGGGACCGGAGCUGUUUUACCAGUUUGCGGCCCCACCGCGAGGUGAUGGACACGGCGGGCGAUCCAGUAGAAGCCGAAGGGAUUGAACGUGUACUUCGCGCCACGCGUCGGGAUGAACCUGAUCAGCGUGCCGAAGCUACUAUGAGACCGCUACUCGGUGGUGGCGCACCCGCAGAACGUCUUUGUGCAACGCCGAGGGCGAACCGUGGGGACUGCGUACCAUGCGGAGGAGGAUCUGUUGAUCCUGCGGUGUCAUAUUCCCUGGAACCGCAGGCGGUGGCCAUGGAUGUCGACAGCCCUGAAGAGUCAAGUGACGCAGACUGCGCAGCGUCAACCUCUGAACUCGGUGGUGAAGCUGUGAUACUCGACGCAGAUGCGAGCAAAGGAGUGGACCAGGCCUCCGAAGCGUUGUGGCACGCUCGGAUGGGACAUCUGAACCGAGGCGACUUGAGGGUGGUCCUCCGGCAGACCGGCACUCCGUACCGACCGCUGACGCAGGCGCAGCUGCUGGCAACGCCGCAGUGCCCGGCGUGUAUGUCGGGUAAGCAGGAUCAGAAGAGGAACUCCCGCGCAAGACGGCCACGUCUGCAUUCAACGAGAAUUUUCGAAUUGAUCCAUUCGGACAUCAUGGAGAUGCCGAUUGCCAAAGAUGGCUCCAGAUGGAAGCAUGAAGCGCUCCAGAAGUUCCGACAUUUUGAGGCUUGGGCGCACCGACAGUUCGGCGCCCAGAUUAGAAGAUUUCUCACUGAUAACGGGAGAGAAUAUCUGCCCAUUGGAACACAUCUCGAAUCCCGGGGAGUUGAGUUCGAUACCUCGCCGCCGUACUGCAAAGGGCAGAAUGGACUGGCUGAACGCACCAAUCGCACUAUCCGGGAGCGGAUCAACACGCUCCUGUCCGAUGCGAACCUUCCUCCUUCCUGGUGGGUCGAGCUUGUAGACACGGUGGUCUAUCUGAAGCUGCGCGCGCCAGCAUCAAUCCUACAAAAGAAGAUACCGUUUGAAAUUUUGUAUGGGAAGCCGCCCUCGCUAUUGCAUCUGCGACGGAUCGGCUCCCGUGCAUGGGUCUUAAUUCCAAAAGAGCAUCGAGCAAAACUCGGACCGAGAUCAUCCGAGUGCAGACUGCUGGGCUAUUGUGAACCGAACCAGUACAAGCUCUAUGAAAUCCAUUCUGGAAAGACAGUCUUUUCGCGUGAUGUCGAGUUCGAUGAGAGGACCCCGGUGGCGCCACUCAUCGAGGGGGAAACAGGCAACGACCUCUCAGACAAUGCUCCUCCAUCACCUGUCUUUCCAUCAGUGCCAAUUUCUGUCAGCGGGCUGCCAACACCACCUGCGUCGCCAUUACCCCCGUCGAGUGAGCGAGAGAAAACGCCAUCAGAGCGUGUAGAGGAGACACCUCCAGUGGUCAAUCCAAGCCAACAAGGAGCCGACUUGACAUCGGAUCUUGGGUAUUCAAUCUACGGUCGCAGGCGAAGACCGUCACGGCGUCUCCUGGAAUCACUUGGCAAGGUGUACUCGGCAGGCAUAUUGAAAAGUGCAUCGGACAGACAAGUCGAUCCGGCGACCUUUCGCGAAGCUGUGUCAGGUCCAAACCAGCUGGAAUGGUGGGCCGCCAUCCAGAAAGAAUAUGCGUCGCUUCUCGAACACGGAACCUGGGAAAAGGUUCGACGAGAGGACGUCCCAACCGGAGAUCAUGUGAUUGGCUGCAAAUGGGUUUUCAAGACCAAAGCCAACGGAAUGUGCAAAGCGCGGUUGGUCAUCAAAGGCUACCGACAGAAACAUGGCAUCGACUAUCACGAAACGUUUGCUGCUGUGUCCCGGAUGGACUCGGUCCGCUGCAUUGUCGCCAGCGCUAUGUUGCGUGGAUGGAAACUCCACCAAUUCGAUGCGGGCUUCGAAGAGCCAGGGUACGUGUGCCGGCUGCGCCGUUCACUGUAUGGGUUGAAACAGGCCCCGCGGAUUUGGUACCAAUGCGUCCACCGCGUCCUGGCUUCUCAUGGGUUCACCAUGGCCCAAUCGGACAACUGUGUAUUCUUCAAACCGAAUUGCGUCGUUUGCGUUUAUGUGGACGACUUUCUCGUUGCUGCGGCAAAAACGUACGAAAUAGAACAAGUGCAACAAGCAUUGCAAACAGAGUUCCGACUGAACGAUCUGGGCACCCCACGACCGUUCCUCGAAAUCCAGUUCGACUAUCACGUCGAUGGGUCCGUGUCCAUCCACCAACAACAGUACAUCCAGAAAGUACUAUCCGACUUUGGCAUGGAGACUUGCCAGCCGAAGUCGACGCCGAUGAAUCCCAAGCAAAGCCUGAAUCGUCGUCCAGAGGAGGAACCUCCAGACGAGGAAGCAAAAGCUCAUUAUGCGACUACCAUCGGUUCGUUAAUGUAUCUAAUGGUCGGCACGCGACCGGACAUUGCAUUCGCGUUGGGCAUGUUGAGUCGCUUCACGUCUCAGCCGCAAUCGCAACACCAAGUUGCUCUGCAGCGAUUGCUUCGCUACAUCAAAGCCACGAAAUCUCAUCGCAUUACCUACCGCAGUGGGCAGUUGAUCGGGUAUACGGACGCCGACUUUGGGGGCUCUGUCGUCACUGACGGUGCAUACUCCACGUCUGGCUAUGUGUUCCAACUUGCAGGUGCGCCAGUUUCCUGGGCGUCCAAGAGACAGGGGGAAGUGGCCACGUCUACGACACAUGCCGAAUACAUCGGACAGUACAACGCUAUUCUGCAUCUGCAGUGGCUCCGCACCUUUUUGGCUGAAAGGCAACUGUAUCGGUCUCCGGUCACUAACAUCAUGGCUGACAACCAGUCCGCCAUUGCUCUCUCUCGCAAUCCCGAGUUCCAUAAACGGACGAAGCACUUCAAUGUGAAAUUUCACUAUCAGCGAGCCGUGCUGGAUGCAGGCGAGAUUGAGCUUCAAUAUAUUCCCACUGGGGAACAGGCCGCGGACGGUCUCACCAAGCCAUUGGGACCUACGGCCUUUCUCAAGUUUUGUAGUCUCUUAGGAGUGGAUGCUUCGGAGACUCUGUGA